AUGAGUGGAUUUCGCCUUCUUGACUUGGUGAAAUUCUUUUUACCUAUCCUCCCUGAAGUUGAAUUCCCAUUUGAAAAAACCAAAUUCGAUGAAAGGAUAGUGUUUACCGUAGGAUCAGCAUUGAUUUUCCUUUUGGGCCAAUUACCAAUUUAUGGAUUGAUCCCUCAGGCUCAAUUUCAUUUACAAGAUCCAUUUUAUCAAUUUAGACUGAUUUUCGCCAUGGAAAAAGCCACAUUGUUGGAAUUGGGAUUAUUGCCCAUUAUCACUUCGGGGUUUUUGUGGCAAUUGGGUGCUGGGUUGAAAUUGAUUAAUAUCAAUUUAAGUUUACGUUAUGAUCGUGAAUUGUUUCAGAGUGGACAAAAAUUGACUAGUUGGGGCAUUGCCAUUGUUUUCACUUUGGGGUUGAUUUAUUCAGGUUAUUAUGAUGAUGUUAUUAGAGGUUAUGAUUUGGUUCCUAAAAACAAUGGUUCAUUUUCCUCAUCUUCAUUAUCAUCAUCAUUGCCAUUGGGCUCGUAUUUUAUCAUUUUUUUGCAAGUUGUGUCAUGGCAAGUGAUUGUCAGUUUAUUGGUGGAGAUUUUCGAUAAGGGGUAUGGUUUUGGAUCUGGAAUCUUGUGUUUUUUGACAUUACAAAAUGCCACCAAUUUCAUUGCUGAUUUAAUUGGAUUGGAAAUGUAUCCAGUUUUAAAUUCAAACAAAUUUGAAAGUCUUGGUGCAUUGAUGAAUUUGGUUCGUCAAUUUUCCAUAUUCAAUUUGAAAUCAACUAGUUGGCAAAUUUGGCAUGCAUUCACUAGAAUUCAAUUGCCUAAUUUAACUCAAUUUUAUAUUGCUUUUGCUUCAGUGUUUGUUGUUAUUGCCUUGCAAAAUUUCAGAGUUGAUAUACCCAUCAGAUCAACUAAAGUGAGGGGUAUGAAUCAAAUGUUUCCCAUAAGAUUGUUGUAUACUGGUGGGUUACCUUUAUUAUUUGCUUAUUCAGUUGUUGCCAAUAUUCAAAUUGUCGGUUACAUUUUGUUUUCAGUAUUGGUGAAAUUGGGCGCACCUCCAUUGGUAAUUACCUUGUUGGGAAACUAUAUUGUUCAACCAUCGAGUAAUAGAUUGGUUUUAACUGGUGGUGUAUUGUAUUACUUGUCACCAGAACUGACCUUGUUAGCAUCCUUGGCUUCACCAAUUAGAACUGUGACCUAUUCAUUAACAAUUGUUUGUUUAUCAGUGUGGUUUGCAUUCAAAUGGAGUUAUAUUUCCGGAUCAUCACCCAAAGAUGUUGCCAAACAAUUUAAAGAUCAAGGCAUUUCCAUUGCUGGUAAAAGAGAUAUUUCCAUUGCAAAGGAAUUGUCAAAAAUUAUCCCCACUGCUGCCGUAACUGGCGCUUUUGCUCUUUCUGUAUUGGCAGUUGCUGGUGAUUAUUUGGGUGGUUUGGGUAAGAAUGGUGCUAUAAUUAUUGGCGUUUCUUCAGCUUUUGGAAUCUUGGAGGAAUUCAUGGUUGAGUAUCAACAAGCAACCGGAUCACAAUUCUCAAGUGCACUUUCUGGUGCUCAAUAG